UAGAAAUGGCAGCGCUGAGACAGGAGCAUCGGUAUGGGCUCUCCUGUGGCAAAAUCAACAAAAACACCCCGAACCAGACUCUGUAUCACGUCAAACUCACUGACACUGCCAUCCGGACCCUCGAAGCCUACCAGAACCUGAAGGCAUCACUAUCGAAUCAGCCAGCCAUUUGCUUCAAGGGGAGCCAGGGGUACGUGAAGAUCCCAGCUCCGACCCCUGAGUCCCCCAAUGGCUUCAGAGUGUUCUCAUUCUACCUGUCCAGUGACAGCAAAGAAAAGCCUCAGUCCAGCUUCGACUGCAUUCACCAGUAUGUCUCAGGGGAGGGAAGGGACCACCUGGAGGGCCAGGGCAGCAUCCAGGACAAGAUCACAGUUUGUGCCACAGACGACUCCUACCAGACGACCCGGGAGCGCAUGUCUCAGGUGGAGAAGGACAUCUGGAGCCGCUCAGCGAUUGAAAUCAAACCGGGGCCGAGUAAGUGUGUGAAGGUCCAGAGGAAGCAGGGUCUGGUAUCAAGCUCAGAUAGCAGCAACAAGCACUCACCCAGCAACAAGAGGAGCCUGGUUUCCAGCCCUGUGGCACACCGGCCCCUGAGGGAUCGCAUCAUUCAUCUCCUGGCCUUAAAACCGUACAAGAAACCUGAGCUGCUACUGUGGUUGGAGAGGGAGCGGGCAAGUCAAAAGGACAAGGCAGACCUGACCUCAGUGCUGGAUGAGGUUGCUAAACUGAACCCAAAAGACCACAGCUUCUCUCUGAAGGACGAGCACUACAGACACGUUCAGAGGGACUGGCCUGGAUAUCUGGAGGAGGAGAAGCAGCUCAUCAACAGGCUCCUGAUCAGGAAACUUCAGCCACUCCACAGUAGCCAGUUGAGAAGUCCCCAGUCCAACCAUUCAUUCCUCAAAACUCCUGGGGACUCUCCGUCACAGCUCAGCCCGGCCAAGAAUCUCUCUGUGAAACGCCCACUGCCCUCAGACCCUUCAAACACACAGACCCCCAAAAAACAGAGACUAAUAGACCCGAGUUUACCUCUGCAGUCACCAUCUCCUGGAGACUACAGCACCAAUGAUGUUCACAGCUCCAUCGGUCAUGGAAACUCCAGUUAUCACAUCAAACCAGACUUUGACAAAACCUGCAAUCAUCUCCUGGGGAGUCCAAAUCGUCUGUACUCGCCACAUAAACUCAGCACAUCUUUUACAACACCCAAAGUGGAGAGGUCAGAACCAGCUGUGACUGCACCCAGCCCCAAGCAUCCACACACAAACGGCUCCAUAUGCACUGAGCAACAGUUCAACAACGGGCAGCAUAAAAAGAAGAGGUCCAAAAAGCACAAAGAGAAGGAGAGAGAGCGCUUAAAACCAGACUGGAUCGAGACCAGUCCAGACCUGAAGCAGAACCAAGAAAAUUUCAAAGACCACGGAGGAGAGAAAACUACUGUCAGUCAGACCUCAGCCGAGGAACUGCCUGAUUAUUUAAUAAAGUACAGCACUAUAACGGCACUGGAGCAGCGUCAGCAGUAUAAGGACGACUUCUGUGCCGAGUACGAUGAAUACAGAGCUCUUCAUGAUCGGAUCGGGGCUAUCACAGAGAUGUUUGUUCAGUUGGGCUCAAAGAUCAACACUCUCUCCCCGGGAUCACAAGAGUACAAGCUCAUGGAGGACCAAAUACUACAAAAGUACAGAAAGUAUAAAAAAAAGUUCCCUGGCUAUCGGGAAGAGAAGAAGCGAUGCGAGUACCUCCAUCAGAAACUGUCACAUAUCAAAGGUCUGAUCACAGACUUCGACCGAGCACAGGAGCUCUCCUAGUACCUGGCCUCACCCUCUGAGGGGUGUGAUAUGACUGGACCAAAAGACUUGUGAGGGACCUAUAGACUGCCCAGCUGGGUCCUGGGGUCGUGAGACACUUUUCACUUUACUCCUUUGUGGAAAUGGAGGAGCGAGGUUUCGGGCUGAGACCACCGACUCGUGAUCAAAUGUAGCCCUUUAACAUUUUGGUUAUCAACAAUGAUUUUCGCUGGAUUUUGUUCUGCUGUAAAGGGGUCACAUCGAAGGCCAAAUUAGUUCUUCUGGAAUGCGAAACAAAUGUGAUCCUUCCUGCUUAACUGCAUUUUUUCCUCUACCUUCAUCUUGUCAGAGCUAAAAAGCAUUGAUUUAUUCAGAAAAAAGUACUAAACUGAUGAUACAAUCAGUCUGAGGGGGAAGCAAAUGCUACUAAAACCUUUAUUUAACAUACAAAGGAUUGUUUUUAUCACUGUCUGCUGGUAACUAGUCAAAUGUUGACUGAAAUCAGAUAAAUUAUUCAUUUGUUACGGUAAUAAGAUUACAUAAUGACAAUAAUAUUGAUGUGCCAUGAACUUUCUUUGGACCACAUGCAAUCAAACUAUAUCAUCCACACAGAUCUACAUUUCUGUGGGAUUAAGACCCUUCAAAGGUUGACCUCAAUGUGACACUAAGCUGAACACAAAGUGAAAUUCAAACUGAACAUGCAGAGUUUCUUCAAACGUGUGUGACUAUCUUUACACACAAUUUGUGGUUUGAAUCGUUUUUUGGGGGGGAUCUGAUCAUAAAGAUUUUACCACGUAGCUUUCUGCCAACGUCUGUCAGUUCUUGGAAAUGUCUGAAUGCCACAUAACCACUCCACUCAGAACUAAAAUGCUGUUUUCACGAUACUGCUUUUUGCACUUUUAGUGUCAAAUUCACCCACAUGUAGCCUGCCAUGAACUGCCUUUACUAUAACUAACACCUCUGUUAAUUUGCGGUCACUGGUGCGUUUACUUUUUAUGUAAUGUGCAUUUUUUGAAGCUUACAGGGUAUUUAUCUUUAAUAAUCAAGCUUGUCCACAACUUGAUCUACUACGAGUCUUAAUGGUAUUCAAUCUGAGGUUAAGGGGCAAGCCACAUGUGUCAAGAGCGGGAAUGGCAGUUGUGUGUAAGACACAGACUGACCUCUAGAGGGUGCUAGCAGGUUUUCAGACUCCUUUCCUGAAAAGCAUAUUCAGUUGAUUUGCCUCAGUUUGUUAUUCUAUUUCAAAUCAACAAGCUUAAGCCUGCAGUCAUACAUAGUGAUCCGAUUUCUGUGUUUUCUGGACAUUUGCAUCAAUGUAGCUGUACUCAAAGUUAAUGUCUUAAUGGUGGCUUGAAAUGGGAAAAGGAAACAUUUGCCUUAACAUAAAUGCCAGACAUUUCCAGCAUGAUGUUAUUCAGGAAGUUCUUACACAAUUCAAAGCAAGCUUUUUUUUUUUCCUUCUGUGAAAGUCUUUUCAUCUGAUGGAACAUUUGGUUACUGGAUACAUGUUGUGCAACAGUUGUCUUAUCUGUGUUGGUCUUGUUUUUUUGCCCUUAAGGUCUUAAUCUUUUUCUGUGUUGGCUUCUUUUGUUUUCUCCUAAUCAGUCAGAUUAAUAUACACUCUAAAAGGAAUUUAACUCGCUGUCUUAGUCUAUCAAGCACCACAAAGAAUUGAUGCAGGAAUCUGAUUUUCCAGAUGUCUUAAUACAAACACUGAGUAGGUGGAUCAUCAUAUAUUGAACAGCUCAGAAGCAGUUUACUUUCAAGACAAUGAAUUUUUUUUUAUUUGGUAUUUUAGGAUGUUUGAAAGACUCUCAGCAUGCGCUCUGUCUUGGCACAUAUGACCGUUAUCAACGAAUCAAUAUUUAUUAGCACUGACCAUUAGAAAAUUUCUAAUUUUUAAAACACAGAUAGGGUGCAGUCAUUUUAAGGAUUUAACACAACCAAAUUUAAAAUGAAUCAUGGACUCUGAAAGUUCUGGUACACUUUGAACAUGUUUUUGUUCUUAAUUCAGAAUGCCUCUUGCUGAGCUUACUCCAUGUGUUUUAAAGCUCCUGGAUCUGAAAAAGAUUAAGUCUGAUUAAAUGUAUGUAGGUACAAGAGCAAAAAGACCUAUCAAUAUGUAUGGAAAACAUAAUGUUUGAAAAAGGAACAAAACAGAAAGGUACUGUUGAACAUGUUGAGGAUUAUGAGGGGAUGCUGUGAGCAGAAGUGGUUGAAUUGGUCGAUUGGGUAUUAGUAAACUAUAGAAAUGGUCUCAUGAGAGACGCUCUUGGGGCAAAAUAUCACUCUAAUCAAAAGGUAUGAAUGAAGAAAACCAUUCCAUUAAUAUUGACAUGUGAAAUCAGCUGCUUGGAUACGAAGGGUUCCUAAGUGCUAACUUUGAUGUUUUUUACUUGUGCUGGAGCUAACUACUGAAGGUGCCUUUUUUCCAUUCAAAGAGCAGAGCCACUCUGCAUGUACUCAUUAUUGAGAUUGUGAAAUUCAAAAAGAACUUGGGCUGGCAGUAUUACAUCUGUAGUUUCACACUGUUGCCAUUUUUCGAAGUGCUUUGUUCCUUUUUUAGACUCGGUUGAUAUCUGAUGCCUUAAGAUUCUACCAUUUGAGUUGGCAGUGGUAUGACAUUAAAACACUUUUACAGAAAUACUUUGACAUUUGAAAAUGUAAAGAUGUUCUUGACACUAUGAAACGGCAUCUAAUGGUAGCCAUUUACAGUCACAUUUAUAUUAGCUGACCUGGAUUUUUUUUCCAAUUUCCAGCCCUGGAAACUAUUUCCACAAAUCACAACAGAGUGUGUUGAAUUGGUCAGCUGGCACUGGAAAAAAAAAGACAAUGCGGAAAUUGUAAUGUGAAAUCAAACUCUUUACCUUUUACAAAUCACUGCAAUUGAUCCAUUUAGGACAACAUAUUUCUUUAUUUAUUGCUUUGUAUGUUUUUGUCCUUUCUUAGAAUUCAUCUUUGCAUAGUUAGGUCUCUUUUUUUUUUCACAGCAAAACUCAAAUGUUCGAUGAAAGGGAAAUGGAAUAUAUUUUUGCAAUUUUUAAAUGGUGGAUGCUUUAUCACAUUAUCAUCUUGAGAAAAGCUUUCAGCAAAAAGUGUAUUGCUGUCUCAGUAUAUGAAAAAAUAAAGCUCUUUUCAACUCA